AUGGAAACUGGCCGCGUGAAGAAUGGAAGUUUGGGGAGGAAUACAAAAUUAGGAAGUCUUAUUAACAACUCUCCAGGUUCUGUACGAUCCCGGAGCAACACAGAUAGUCAUUUACAUAGGAGCAACUCUGGAAUAGCGUUGCCGCUAAUUCCUAAAGAACUGCCGGAUAGUUUGCCUCCAAGGAGAUCAUCACUGCCAAGGCAAGCCAAGUCUAUGAGUUAUUACGAUAACAGUUUUGUUGGUGAACCGAUUGAAAUGUCAACGCCACAACCUGCCCUGAAAGAGUACGAGCUUCACCUUCAGAAGAUGAAUCUUGAUUAUUCAGAUAGCGGAUUCGGUAAUGGUAUGUGCCCAGAGACAGAAACUGCAACGUCAUCCACCAAGAGUUCUAAAAAUUCUGAGUCAAGCGGGCGUGGUAAAUCAAAGCCAACAUCUGGAAUUGUACGCAUUAUGGGAGGUGGAAGUGACAGUGGUAGCAGUGUUGGUCGGCAUAGCAAUGGAACAAACAGACGUUCCUCAUCAACCGCUGAAGCCGAUUCUGUAGACACUUCUGAAUUGAAACCGUUUAUGUUCAAAGAAGAGGAUGAUGUCAUGUCUGAUGCGUCAAAUGACUCGCUGAGUUCGCAUAAAAGUGAUAUGUCAUACAAUAGACGUGGUGCUAUCCGGAAAGCUGGGUGGUUGCAUGUAAAAAAUAUGUUGGUAACGCGGAAGAAGAAAGUAGAAAGAGCAGCCAAAAGAAGAUGGAAAAAAUAUUGGGUUUGUUUGAAAGGAACCACAUUGUUGUUUUUUGUCUGUGAUGAGAAGACUAGUGUGGAUGAAAGCAGUACACCAAGACAUGUAUUAGUUGCUGAUGGUGCCAUAUCGCAAGCUGUGCCUGAACAUCCAAAACGAGACCAUAUAUUUUGCCUUAGUACGUCAUUUGGUGAUGCCUACUUAUUUCAGGCACAGAGUCAGAUUGAGAUGGAAAACUGGAUGGGUGCUAUACAUUCAGCUUGUUCUUCAGCUUUGGCAAGACAGCAUGGAAAAGAAGACACACUUAAAUUACUAAAAUCAGAAGCCCAGAAACUGGAACAGCAAAUUGAUGUGGAUGGUAAAAUGAAGAAGAUGGCGGAAUUACAAUUGACAGUUGUGUCUGAUCCAAGAAGUAAACAUGCAAUCGUGAAACAGAUGGAUAAGUUUGAAUGUGGCGUCAGUACACUCAAAGGAAACGUGAGAAGCAAUGUCCGUCCACCGAUCAGAAUUCCUGACUGGGACGAAGUUGAAGUUCAAAAAAAUAAUUGCAGUCUGAACACCACUGGAGCAUCAGAUCUGAGUUUUGACGAUGAAGAACCAAUGGUAGUGGCGGAAGGGACAGCAGUAUGGGAGAAUCUUGGCGAGGGAAUGUUGACCAAAGUGACAUUACCAGACAACCAGAGUACGGUAGUGAAAAUAAGACCUGGCAUGCUGGUACAAGAUGUCUUAUACACAUGUUGUAUUAAACGUCAAAUGGAUUACCUGUAUUAUUACAUAUCGCUGAGAAAAUCUAGCGGUGAUGGUACGAAGCAGUACGUACCAGACAGAUAUGUGUUUAUGGAUAAACAGGAAUAUGAUGAGGUGGAAGUACUGCCAAAGAGUAUACACCAAGUGGAGCUAUAUAAAUACAAUGAUGAUCCAACAAUGACAUUUGGAUUUCAGAUCGAGGCUGAACUUGGUGAAGACUCAGAACAGGAAGAUCAGCUGUGUGUAUUUAUUAGUGAGAUUCAUUCCGGUAGUUUAGCAUAUCAUCAAGACUUACAAAUUGGAGACGAACUGUUGGUAAUCAACGGUAAAGUUGUAUGCGACUUGGACAUGUUAUACAUAGAACAAGUCAUACAACAAGAAACGGCUCUGACUUUAACAGUUCGAUCCUGCCGAAAGUCUACAUUCAGUCAGAAAUCGCCAAAGAAACGGAUCAAGUAUGAUGACAGUCGAACAAUGUCACCGAAAAGAUCUUCAAGUGGUAUACCGCUACCCACGCUAACCCCGGACAAGGAAUUCCCCGAACUUAGUAACGAACAAAUUGAUUCGCUUCUGCAAAAUGCGGAGCAAGUAACGGCAUUCUGUCGACAGUUGAAUAUCAGAGACUUUGAUUGCAAGGAGACGAAUAGCUUCAAAGAUUUUGACGACCAGCAUGAAACGACUGUGAAGCACAUGUCAACAGCUCAGAAGAUACGUAAGGUGAUUCUGGAGUUGCUUGACACGGAGAGGUCAUACGUGAAAGAUUUGAACUGCCUGAUGUUGCGAUACUUAGAGCCGUUACAAAAUGAAGCUUUUCUCACAGUUGAGAGGUAACUUGAUGCCUUAUUUGGUAAUAUCAAAGACAUUGUAUCAUUCCAAGAGACUUUUUUGCACAGUUUAGAAGAAGCUAUUCAACUUGAACCUAAUUUCUAUGAUAUAGAGACACCCAUACAGUUUAGAAGGAUAUUGUUUUCUAUAGGAGGCUCAUUUCUAUUCUAUGUGGAUCACUUCAAGCUCUAUAGUACAUUCUGUGCCAGUCAUUCCAAAGCACAAAAAAUACUGGAUCCAGCUCGGGGUAACAAAUGUUUGCGUGAAUUUUUGGAAGCCAGGAAUCCAAAACAUCAACAUUCAUCUUCAUUGAGUUCCUAUCUUAUCAAACCCAUACAAAGAGUACUGAAAUACCCACUGCUGCUGAGAGAGCUGAAAUCACACACAGAUCCUGAAAACGAUGAACAUUAUCACCUGUCAGAAGCUUUAAAGGGAAUGGAGAAAGUAGCUGAACACAUCAAUGAUAUGAUGAAAGUGCAUGAAGAGUACGGAGAUAUAUUUGAAAACUUAAUACAAGACCAAUAUCAUCUUAAAAGAGAGGUUCCUGACUUAGCAAUGGAUGAUUUGGUAAUGUACGGGGCCGCUACAUGGUUCAACUGCCAAGAAGAUCUGGGAAAGGUUAAAAAAGGAAUGGAACCAGAAGUCAUUGUUUUUGUGUUCCGUCUAGCUGUGGUUUUGAUAUGCAAAGAGAGGGUAAGAAAGAAGAGCAAGUUAUCUUCAUCUCUGUACAGUCCGAGUUUACGGGGGUCAACAACCAGUAAUUUUGUUGGGGAUGUCAUUAUUAGGUUUAAAAGACUUAUACCAGUAGCUUCAUUACAAGUGAGGAAUAGUACAACCAAUGAUACUGAUUAUAGAUGCAUGUGGGAAUUACUUCAAACCAAAUCAACGACUGAAGGGAGGCCAGAAAAGGUGUUUGUGCUUUCAUGCAAUACAACAGAAGACAAAAAUUCAUUCCUAAAGUCUAUUCGUCAGAUUUUACGAGAUUAUAACCGUUAUAAAAACAGUACGCCAACAACUAAUGUCAAACAGCCGAUUGGGAAACCGAAAACAUACACCCCAUAUGGUGGGAAAAGAUUUGAAGGUCUUAAUAAAGGAAGACGACUGGGAAGACGGCGGCCAUUUUCUACUCCGCAAACGCACAAGAAAUCUGAAGAUAAGGAAAAAGCAGUGGAAAAUGAAUCGAGUAUAAAAACUGAACCUUCUGCAGAAAAUAAUUGUGAAAGAACUGCGCAGGAAAACAUUGAGAAAACUACACAGGAAAUCAUUGAAAGUCAUAGUCAUAACCAUGUUGAAAACACUCCACAGGACAGUGUUUUAAAUAAUGUACCGGGAAAUGAUGAUGUUGACAAUCUUGUGUCUCACAGCGUUGAAAAUACUGCUCCAGACAGUAUUGCAAAUAAUUCACAUAGCUAUGUUGGAAAGACUGUUCAGCACAGCAUUGAACGCUCUACACGGGAAAUUAUUGAAAACAACCUACAUGACCAUGUUGAAAAUUGUGUACCACAAAUUGUUGAAAAUGCCACACACGGCAGCAUUGACCCUGACGAACAAAAGCAAUCUGAACCUGAUGUGCAAACCAGUCAUGAAAUAUUUUUUGUGAACUCUUCUGAAAAUUCACCGCAGGAUAAUUUUGAACAAGUUGUAUCAAGCAAUUCUGAAUACAUUGCACAGAACAGUCCUCCAAUUAUCAGGAAUUCAUGGGCAGGCCCCACAACUAAAUCUGUGUCCAAUCACGUCCCAUAUGCAAAUGAAUGGACAAGUGAAAGUAGUAGUAGAUUAAUACUCUCUGAUUCAUCGUCAAAUCCACGGACUACAAAUGUCACACUGUCUUCUUUCCUGCCAACGCGCAACAUUGGCCAGAAACCUAAUUCAAGCAAACCAAGUGUUACUCUGCCAGGAAGUCAUGAUGAACAGUACGACAACAUCACUGUUCAGUCAGUCAACCAAAGAAUGGAUUUUAUAAACAGUAAUGACCCCAUUUACAGUGAUAUGAUCAUUGUGGAAGAUGAGCAAAUUUUCAGGCAAGAUCAUGCAGCAGUUAAAAAGACUACACAGACACCGAUUCGUUGUGAACCACCAAGAUACAAUUACAGGACUGAAAAUUCCUUUGUGGAUUUAAUACUUGAGGAGGACCAGACUGAAUGCUGAUUGUUGAACGUGCAUGAGUCCAUUUUUGUUAUCUUUCACAAAAAUAAACCCCCAUUUUUUCAUAUUUUUUCAAGAAAAUUGAUCAAGACAUGUCAACUGUGUAAAAAAUUACUGGUACCUCCAUUUGGUCAAACAUUAAUAAAGAAAUAAUGUGGAAAAAGUCCAGGAAAAUUUUGAAGGGACAAAUAAUGGAAAAUAUUAUGGUGCAAUGUAACAGAAUUUACAAUGACACUGUGUUCAAGUCGCCUUAUGAUGUGGCUUUCAACUUUUUUUUUUUAAUGAUUUUUUUUUUAAAUUACACAAGGCAACUGAAUAUCACAUUGAAAAAUCAGUGUGACUGUUACAACUAUGGAAGUUGCAUGCUUUCAGGGGAAUGUCAUGAACAUAAACUCUGCAAACAAACACUGGCACCAAUAGUGUGAAAUUGUAUAUUUUUAAAUAUCACACAUUAAUAAAAUUGACAGCUGUAUUUUGGCAUUAUUUGCAGUGCACUGUGUUGAUGUUGGAAAUUGAUGCUCACCAAAUUGAAACGAUACCCCUACCCCCACCCCAUCAUACAUUCAACAAUUGUGCUUCCAAUAUUUUGAAUCAGCCAUGUCCUGGAUUCGGAUUCGUCUUUUCCAUUUUUCCAAUAUCAGCCCUGAUCUUAAUCACAUAUUUUGUUCUGCUUUCGGUACUAACUGUCACAGAUUGUUAUGGCAACUGUAUCGAUCAUUGCCAGCCGAGAUUUAAAUGAUAAUUAUAUUUUAUGUUGAAAUAAACUUGAAUUUAAAAGUGAAGGAUAUUUAUAUAUAUAUAUAUAUAUACACACACAGUAAGAAACAUACAAGGUAAUAUUAUAUAUUUCAACAAAUGUAAAAUCAUAAUAUUUUAUCAAUAAUAUAUUGGGUAGAUUAUGUACAAGUAUUUGAAAUGUGUUUAUUUUACUGUACGUUUGUAGGGCUUGAUUAGAGGUUUGGUUGAAAUCUGUAUCUCCCUCCUACACAACAUUCAUCAUAGAGGGCGCUAUUUCCAUACUGAUCUGCAUCUAGUGCAAAUUGUUGACUCGUUCAUUUUUAUCCCCUGCCCUAAAAAUAUCUAUUGUUUUGUUUUCUCUUUCUGUAUUUAUAAGGUUUGCACAUCAGUGGCAGUUUAUUGGAUUGUCUGCUCUGAAGAAUGCCUUAAAAGUAUUCUUUUUAAAAUAUUUUAAAGUUUUUUUAAUUCUUGCAGUACUGCAAAUACCAGGUAUAACUUGUGUGUAUUAUAUAUUGAUUUUUUUAGUAUGUUUAGUUUUGUUUGUUGCUGGAAUGUAUGCCAGGGGUGAAUUUAUUUUGAUACAUGUUUUUAUACUAUUUAUUUACACUAUCUGCUUUUAAUUUUCUCAUCUUUGGAUCCCAA